AUGGCCGCCACCGCAGCACCAGCAACACUCCCUCCCUACAGCCAGGUGAAGAUCGUGGGCUCCCGCACGAUCGAGUUCUCCGACGGCUUCUACUACAAUUUUGAGAACGCGCAACUCCUCUCCCAAGCGCAGAACGUCGACCAGAUGGGCCACCUGCAGCAAAUCGGCGAGCGGGUGAUGUGGCGCCUCACCCUGAACGCCUGGAUCCGGGGCGGCGACUCUCUCUACCAGUGGGAGAGAAUGUAUGAAGGUGCCAUGGGGUGGAAGACCUACCUCGCGUGGAUCGCAGACGCAGCAGGGCUGCGUAACAACAUCAUGAAGAAGGGAGGCGUUUCUCUCAGCGUCCAGCAGCACCAGACCAUGGAAGAGCAGGGGAAUUUCGUGGAGAAGGCUGGUGGUGUGGAGGCCCUCGUCGGCGCCGUGUUUGAAGACUGUGGCAGAGACCAUGAUGUGACAAGUGAGGUGAUGCGCCGGCUGGGUAUCUACUGGCCGGAGAGUGCUGGUGACUCUGCCCAGCUCAAGGCGUUUCUCCAGCAGUUGAGGACGAUCGGGAUCAUCAGGGGAUGA